AAAGCAGAUGAGCUGCUGCCUGAUCUUCUACACAAUACAACCCCUUCAGCCUCGGCGCACUAAAUGAAGUCGACCUCAGCAGCACAGAAAUCUAGCCUGGAUGAAAGACGCUCACUAAGUGUGUGUUCUGGAGAGCACCAUGAUCAAAGCGAUGAGUUUCUCCUCUGCUGUAAGGACGCCUGAGCCCUGUGUUUUUACCUGGGUUUCCAUUUUCGGCCUCAUUUCUGCAGUCGGUGUGGCUGUUUGUCAGGCUGUGCAGUUACGGACCGCGCCCAGGGUGGCGGCACACUGUGGACAAAACGUCACGCUGACAUGUGAUGUCAACUCGUCGCAGCAGUUGAACAUCAAGCAGUUCCGCUGGCUGAGGAAAGGCACCGUGUGCGAGUACGAACGCGACCAAACUGGACAGGAACUCCAAUGUGAAACCACAAAGACAGAACCUUCCCAUCACAGACUCACUCUCACUCUCAUCAACUUGAGGCCGAUCGACGCAGGGACGUACACCUGCAGGCUGCACUCCAGCCAGGGAGUCAAAAACAACACAACUGUUGUUGAAGUGCAAGAGUGCCGUGGAAAUCUGACCCACUUCAUGAACGGAUCCCUUGCCGAGUGCUCAUUUAGAGGAGUUUACCCCGGCGGGGUGGUCCACUGGUUCCAGGGGGAGGCGAACCUAACAGACUCAUGCAGCACAAAGCAGGAGGUGGACCAGCAAGGACUUUAUAAUGUCAUGAGUAUGAUAGAGGUAGAGAGGGGAAACUCAACGCAGCCCUAUAACUGCUCCCUGUGGACGCCUUCUCUGAGGAGGUAUCACUCCUGGAUGCAGCUGCCGUUAGUCAAAGACAUGGGAUCAUCAGGAAGCGCUGCUGGCCUGAAGUGGGCCUGUUUACUGAUGGAAGUCAUCAUGCUGAAACUUAUUGUGUGAAUUUAACACUUGACUUGGGAUAUUUUGAAAUGAGUGCCUCAAACAGGAAACUGUGUGACAUGUAAAAUGUGGCGUGAAGUUAAGAAGGAGUUACAAAGAAAAUCUGAAUGGCAAAACUGGAAAUUAAAGGAUGUUUUUUUUAUUUUUGUCAUGUAAAUUUAAAGCUGCACUUCAAACUUCAUAAUCAAAUUUCAACACUAGAUAGACUGAUCUCUGAAAACAAGUUUCCCCACUUGAUGGCAGCAAAACGCUUUUUAUACCUGACAAAAUGUGCAACCGGACAAUUACACAAUAAUACAGAGAGACAAAGCUUUGGUCUUCCAGAUUGAUCCCAUGUGUAAUGACUGCAGACUGCAUCCCAGAUAUCAACAGAUUAAGCAAUGUUUAAGCUUUCCUGUAGACAAGCUUUUAAAAAAAAAAUCCCAUUUCGGGUUCAGGCUUGUUUUAUGAUCGGUGUAGUCAGGAGAGCUUGUUGAAGAACAGAUGUAUGCUUUCAUUUGCCUCUGAGAUCCUGUUCAUUCGUUCAGGGGACCAGUAGUCUUAAAUCCAUAAGCGCUGAAUGAUAUCCAUGAGAAAUCUUAAAAGAUUGCUCAUGCAAACAUGCAAUCACAUAAAUGGACUGAAUUUUUUGGAGUUGACUGUAAAAUAAGUGUAUUUCAUUGAGUAUUGAACAACAUUUCUAUUAACUUGGUUUGCUUUCUUUUUCUUUUUUUUUUUUGUAAUAUUCUAUAGUGUGAAACGCAAAAGCAAAUGUGUUGUAGGUGGUCUUCAAGAGAAGAACUUAGGAAUCAUUAAUCAAACCUUCUGUUCUGACCAGAUUGCUGUUGCUCUUCUGUGCAUUUCUGUUUAAAAAGAUUCCUUUGUUUUGCAAGAGGUGGUUCGAGGUCCCUGCAUAUUUGUCUGUACAGCUGGUGGGUCUGAACUUGCCUCCAGAUUUUUUCAGGUGGAUGUUAAAAAGUCAACAGUCGGGCUUCAUUUACUUUCUUUGAGUCCUUCUCACUUAGGCGCAAAUGCUGUAAUUUACAUUUAGCUGGGAGGACAGGAUGAGUCUCCAGAGCCAGAACAAUGAGUCAGAUAAGAUCAACAAACGAUCAUGCAAGAACAUGUGCGAACAAUGUGUUGCACAGUUUUGUUCAUAGCUGUGAAAGUUGCUUAUACACACAAUAUUAAAAAGUAAAACUGGAACAAAGCUUUGGUGAAAUAGGUAGGAAACCUGAAAGCUCUCACUUUGGAUUAGAUGUGCCUCUUUAACAUGAAGCUGUUCUACAAAGAAACACGCAGUUUUCUUCAUCAGUGUGAUUUUCGAUUGGUGCAAUAAAUCCAAAGAGCUGAUAGUGGAAACAGAGGAGAUGCUGCUUCCAGCACUGAUCAGAGCAACACAAAGAAGGAGCAAUAAGAUGACUUGCUUGACAAAGAGUUAACCUUUAUCGAGCAAGCCAUCCUAUUGAGUAACUUAUAGAUUUAUCUGUGGUUCUUUCAAACUAACAACAAAACACGUCUGGCUGUCAGGGGAUAAUGAUUGUACAAUAGAUUGCAAAAGGGGUUUAGCUCUGUUUCAUAAUUCACUUAUAUAACAUUUUGUUUUGCGUCCUUUGGUUUGGCAGGAGUUAAAAUGUGAAAACAGAAAAAAAAAAAUCAAAAGCUAUCUAAACGCUGUACACAUACAAAAACAGCGUCUUCCUUAUGGCUAAAGAUUUAUUCUGUUUUUAUGAGAUAAAUAGAAAUCUAGUAAAAGCUUCUUAAACUUAGAAAUAUGUGAUUUUUUUUUAACCAUUAUUAUAUUUUGCUGGGCAGUAUAAAGGGUUAAUGCAUUAGAGCUGAUCAGUACAGGGGAGCCACCUGGGCCAUUCUUUAGCAGUGUGCGCCGUGUGAGUGUGAGAUGAAGGGUGUUUCUGCUAACAAGCCAUCCUGCAUGUAAACAGUGCUGAGUGUGAUGAGUAACUUGAAAAUGUUUCACAAUGAUGUAAAAUCGAGAUUAAAAGAAUCACAGUGUUUAUUUCCUUAAACAACUGUUGCAGAAUACAUGUGUGAAACUUUUGUUUUCGUUCCACUGAACGUGACGUAAGAUGACUGUUUUAUUUAUAUGGAUGAAUCACUUUAAUUUCAGUGAUGAUUUCAUUCCACAGUUUACUCUGCGUCAGUCAGUGUUGUCUCAGGUCUUGACAGACUAAUGGGAACGAUUCACAUUUAUCAGCUGUUUGUUUUUAAACUGAUCAUGUUUACUGACCUCAG